GUAGUUUCGUCUGAAUUGGGGUCAAGUCUGGUGACCCCAAGCCGCCCCCCCACCCCAACCAGACAAAACGGAGACUGGAGACGAUGCCGUGAAUUAGUUUGAGUUUUUGUCGUUUUUCUCCAAAUUCCACCAUGAACAAAGGGUGGCUAGAGCUGGAGAGCGAUCCAGGGUUGUUCACUCUCCUAGUAGAAGACUUUGGGGUGAAAGGAGUCCAGGUAGAAGAAAUCUAUGACCUGUCCAAGCCAAUUGAAGGGCCCGUGUAUGGGUUCAUCUUCCUGUUCAAGUGGAGCGAGGAACGUCGGUCGCGUCGGAAGGUGGGGCCCAGCAUGGAGGAAUCCUUCGUCGUGGAUGAAGAUAUCGUCAACGACAUGUUCUUUGCACAACAGCUCAUUCCCAACUCCUGUGCCACCCACGCCCUGCUGAGUGUGUUACUGAACUGUCCCCAGAUCAGCCUGGGGAGCACCCUCACCAGACUCAAAUACUUUACCAGGGGGAUGGGUCCCGAGUCCAAAGGCUGGGCCAUUGGAAAUGUUCCAGAGAUAGCCAGAGCUCACAACAGUCAUGCAAGGCCAGAACCCCGCCAUCUGCCUGAAAAGCAGACAGGAAUCUCCUCCGUGCGAACAGCCGAGGCUUUCCACUUCGUUAGUUAUGUGACGACCAAUGACAGGCUGUUUGAACUGGACGGUCUCAAGCCCUACCCGAUCGAUCAUGGUCCGUGGGGAGAGAAGGAAGACUGGACAGAGAAGUUCCGACGGGUCAUCUCAGAGAGAAUAGGGAAUGCCACUGGAGGGGAAAACGGUCAUGACAUUCGUUUCAACCUGAUGGCGGUGGUGGCAGACCGACGACAGCAGUACGAGACCAAACUCAACACCCUGAAGACCAACAGGCAGAUUGUGCUGGAGGCACUGCAGCAGCUGGUUCGUUUCACCCAGCCACACCUGACUUCUCUCAUCCCCUCUGCAUUUGGAGGAGAAUCCCACCACAAGUCCAAAGCCUCCUCCACCGUCACAUCGUCAGCUGCUGUUGCAAGCUCCUCUGCUGCCGGUGCCGAUGGCGUUCAACCAGCAGAGAUGUCCGACAGACGACGUCACAAAAAGAAGAAGAAGAAAAAGAAAAAGCACAAGGCAUUGCCAACGGUACAAAGUGCCACCCUGACCAAGCGAAACACAUCCAGUCCUGUUGUCACCCACCCCGCCCUGGACAGCCAUAACUACGCCAAGUCACCACUGGAGGAAUUCACAGAAGAGAAUGACCAGGACGUUCCCCCAGAAACCUUCACCGAUGACGAUACAGACGAGGAAGAGGAAGAGAGUGAAGAUGAUGAGGUGGCGGCAUCCACAGCGGGAAUGGAGGGAAUAAAUGAAGGAGAGACAAACGAGUCUUCUGGCGGGGAUGUCACGAGCGGGAGAACCAGCUCUGCGUCAACAGAAGGGACAGAGUCUGCCACCGAGCCGGCCGUGGAACCGGAAGUGAAAAGCGGAGAGAUCACGUUCUCAGAGGCUAUGCGGGCCAUCUCUGCCGUGGCGGACACCAGGAAACCUGACGAAUUCCUUCACCCGGAUGCCAGCAGGAGGGUCGGUUUUUUGGAGAUGCCAUGGCGCUCAGACGAGGCUCGGCCGCUGUCAAUUCACACGGGGUACUCCAAGAUUCCCUCCCCUGCCCCCAGCAACGAGAGCACGGACACUGCGUCCGAAAUCGGAAGCGCGUUCAACUCUCCUGUCAGAUCGGCAAACAGGUCCGCCGUGAGCAGUCCGAACCCCUUCAAGCACCACCAGCACAACGUCAACCUGUUCACAGAGGCGGCGACAAAACUGCUGGCAGCCCAGGAGGGUCACAGGGUGGGGAUGGAGUUUAUCCGGUCUCCAGGGGCAACCUCGGAACUGCAGACCAUCCCCGAGGGGAGCAUCACCAAGCAGGAAGGCGACACCAAAACUGAUGCCAACAUCAUCACAGUCUGCCUGAAGAGAUCGCUGUCUGGGGAGGGGGGCGGUCCUCCAGCCAAGAGGCUACACAUGGGGGAUGCGGACAUGGCGUUGCAGAGACUAGGGAGUGGGGACUCUGUGGAAGGUGACCCCAUGGCCCUGCAAGCUGGGAGUGGCACAGGAGAUGCCCAGCAAGACCAGCAUGCACUGCAGGCAGGCGGGGCAAGGCCAAACAUGGCUCAUGCCUUUGCACCAAAGGACCUUCUGGCACUGCUGAAGAAUGUUGAGACAGAGAUUCAGAUCUGUGAACAGCACCUUAAGGACGAGAUAGAGAAGAGAAAGAAGUACAAGGUGGACGACUGUCGCCGCACCCACAACUACGACGACUUCAUCCGCACGUUCCUGCGCAUGCUUGCUGAGCAGGGCCAGCUGUCCAAGCUGGUGGAUCAGCAUGUGCUGGUGCGACGCAGGCAGGGCGUCAGCGUGGGGCGGCUGCACAAGCAGCGCAAGCCCGAUCGCAGGCGCAAGCGGGCACGCGUGUCUGACAAGUACAGAAGGAAGAAGCAGUGAAGCUUAGUCAUCAUGAAUAAUACUAGUAAUGCCACACACACACACACACAUAGGCCAUGAAACAUAAGAUCGGGAAAGCCCGACUGACGGCCGAAGCUGGCACGCAUGUCCGACAAGUACAGAAGGAAAAAGCAGUAAAGCUUGGUCUUUGCAUCUUAAACAAUAUUAAUGCCACAUACCACACACACACACACACAUAGGCCAUGCAACAUAACAUAUUAAGUCACAUUGGGAAAAUCAUGUUGUGAAAAUCUAAGACAGGUACAGAAAGAAGAAGCAAUGAAGCUUGGUCAUCGUAAACAAUAUUAAUGCCAGAUACCACACACACACAUAGGCCAUGCAACUUAAGAUGCGUCACAUUGAGAAAGCCAGACCGGCAGCAAGUCAUGUUUUAAAAAUUCUAAGACAGGUACGGAGGAAGAAGCAGUGAAGCUUGGUCAUCAUAAACAAUAGUAAUGCCAGGCACACACACACACACACACACACACAGGCCAUGAAACAUAAGAUAUGUCACAUUGGGAAAGCCCGACUGACGGCAGAAGCGGGCACGCGUACGCGUGUCGGACAAGUACAGAAGGAAGAAGCAGUGAAGCUUGGUCUUUGCAUCAUAAACAAUAUUAAUGCCAGGCAUGCACACAAAGGCCAUGCAACAUGACAUAACUCACAUAGGAAAAAUCAUGUUGUGAAAAUUCUAAGACUACACAACCAGUAACUAUUGUUGCAUCUAGUAGCAGUAGUAGUAGUAGUAGUAGUAGUAUCCAGUAUUUGAUUGCUGCUGCUGGGAUCCCUGGCACAGGGGUAGGCAGCAGUCGGAUAAUUGUUACACAUGUAUUUGGUUGUUUGUAACUGGUCAAUAGUUAAAGAAGAGAAAAUAGUUCUAUCAUGGAUCGACUUUGUGCAUCAUAUGAUUCUGUUCAUUUGUGGCACUUGGCUAGUAUGGAAUGGCAUUAAGUUACACAAGUCAGACUGAGACAUCUUUAUUCUGAGAUAUGGCUAUAUAUGUCCGUUGGAAUACAAGAUUCUUUCAAUAUCUAUACUUAGUUUAUUUGCAUGAUGAUGAAUCACUUGACUGUAUGACAUUGUAUGGAUUUUAUAAGACGUUGGUAGUGCAGAAAACCUAUCAUAUAUACGUUGUGUUGUUUAAAGUCACAAUAAAUGUUUUGUUUCUAUACAGUAUACACAGUGAAGAUAUACAAAUGUACAUUCCACCUAAAUGUUCAACUACAUGUAUCAUACUUGAGAUGAAAAUAUGGCAUUUCUGUGGAGUCCUUCAGUGUUUGGCUAUGUCUCAAUAUCCUUGCUUUGAACGAGAAUGCUUUUGUUCCAUUCACUUAUGCUACCAUUUACUUGUAUAUAAUCACCGUAUCCAUGUAUAACUUGUCUAUAUACGGCAUUAUUAGAACACGAGCUAUGUAGGAGGCAGUUUGGUAAUAAUUUAUGAUGAAGAGUUGCCAUGGCUGAGGAAAGAUCUUUAUUCUAUAGUGUCAUAUCCUCUCCUCUGUAUCCCUGUCUUCAGACAGACCUGCUAAUAUCUGAAAUCACCCUUUUCAUCUCUAUAAGCUGGGUGCUGACACAAUUAGAUCCUCAACACAUUUCUUCAAGGUGACUGGUUAAUUAUUUUUAUAUAUAGCCAUGUCCUUUUCAUCCCCUAGCCUGGUGCUGACACAAUGGGGACAGUUUCUCAUCAGAGGCCAUUGAAACGUUAACCAUCUCUUGGGGGGGGGGGGGGGGUACCUUUCGUUAUAGCUAAAUACAAGAUGUUUCUCAUUUUUGUGGAUUUGUCAGAAACCAAGCGGAGGUUAGUUCACAUGUAGUUGAUAUUCACAUACUCUAUUACAACUGGAUAGCACAAUGUAUUUUGUACUCUAUCACUGUAAACACAAGAAAUUGCACUUCUGAAUUUUUCUUCUGUUUCUGAAACAUGUAAACUUCAGUGUUCUGCAGCACUUGGUAUCUCUUCUACAUUAGUCGGCAUUAAUUAGCGUGCUAAGGAUUACAGUGUCACUCAUUUUAGUAAUGACAUUAAUGUAUAUAAAGUAA